AUGCCCGUAUCCAUCAGGAACAUGUCUUAUUUUCAGGUAACUGAACACACAAUUCGGGGUCAGAAUAUACGAGAGCGCCCGGGUGCUGUUAAAGCAGGACAUGAACGGGAUAUUAGACUUGCGGUGAAGCAAUAUGUUCCAUUUGACAAUCCGUCCCCACAAGAAGGGGAUGUCACAAUUAUUGGGGCGCAUGCCAAUGGAUUUCCCAAAGAGGUAUACGAGCCUCUUUGGGAUGAUAUCUACGAGAGACUGUGUAGCCAGAACAAACGGAUUCGAGCCAUUUGGAUUGCAGAUGUUGCUCAACAGGGCAAGAGCGGUAUUCUGAACGAGUCUAUUCUAGGAGAUGAUCCGAGCUGGUAUGAUCACGCACGCGACAUGCUUUUUCUGAUCAACCAAUUUGAGAUUGUUCAGCCAGUCAUCGGCGUGGGCCACAGUAUGGGCGGGACACAACUAGUCCAUCUUUCCUUGAUGCACCCGUCUCUUUUUGAGGCUCUGAUACUCAUGGAUCCAGUGAUCCUGUUAGAUAAUCCUGGCCCCAGAUACGCUCUACCGUCCACAUAUAGACGUGACCUUUGGGCUUCUCGCGAACAAGCUGCAGAGAAAUUUCUAUCGAGUCCUUUUUAUCAAACAUGGGAUCCGCGUGUUUUCCAGAAAUGGGUCAAUUUCGGACUCCGAGAUCUUCCCACAAAGUUAUAUCCCACUCCAAGCAACGCGACGCCCCCUGCUGUCACAUUGACUACAACCAAAGCCCAGGAGGUUUUCAACUUCGCGCGGCCAUCUUAUGUUGACGAGCGAAGCGGUCUUGCUUGUGGGAAUCCUCUCAAGGAGCUGCAUCCGGACGACAUCGAAGACAUCCCUUUUUAUCGCCCCGAGCCCGCAUAUAUAUUUCACCGCUUGCCAGAGGUAAAGCCCAGUGUGCUUUAUCUGUUUGGCGAAAACUCAUACCUUACAUCUACGGCUAAUCGCCAAGAGAAAGUAAAAAUAACUGGCGCAGGUGUGGGAGGCAGCGGCGGUGCGUCUUGCGGUCGAGUGCAGGAAGUUGUUCUUCCUUGCGGCCACUUGAUCCCUAUGGAGCGCGUCCAUGAAAGUGCAAAGGCCAGUGCUGAUUUCAUUGGCUCCAUAACAUCUUGUUGGAAAGAGCGGAAAUAUAAGUUCCAAAAGGCCUGGGAGCAAGUCUCGCUUGAUAUGCGAGUUAGGAUUGACAAACAAUGGGAACGAAAUAUUAGCGCUCUGUCAAAAAGGUCAAAACUUUGA